GAUCAGCCCAGAUUAAACAAGUCCUCUUCUCUGUAAAAGUACGAAGACACAGUGCUCAAAAUGCUUGCUACGAUGCAAACCCUUCAGUCGCUCCUGCUGCUACUGCUUAUCCUGCCAGCCACAGGUUCAGACCCUGUGCUCUGCUUCACCCAGUAUGAGGAGUCCUCUGGCAAGUGCACAGGCCUGCUUGGGGGAGAUGUCAGUGUGGAAAACUGCUGUCUCAAUGCUGCCUAUGCCUUCCAGGAGCAUGGUGGUGGUCCCUGUCAGGCAUGCAGGUCCCCACGAUGGUCACCAUGGUCCUCAUGGGCCCCCUGCUCGGUUACAUGCUCUGAGGGGUCCCAACUGCGACACAGGCGCUGUGUGGGCAGGGGUGGGCAGUGCUUUGAGAAGGUGGCUCCUAGGACCCUUGAGUGGCAGCUACGGGCCUGUGAGGACCAGCCAUGCUGUCCAGAAAUGGGUGGUUGGUCUGAGUGGGCACCCUGGGGGCCUUGCUCUGUCACCUGCUCCAAAGGAACCCAGACCCGUCAACGAGUAUGUGAUCACCCUGCUCCUAAGUGUGGGGGCCACUGCCCAGGAGAGGCCCAGCAAUCACAGGCCUGUGACACUCAGAAGGUCUGCCCCACACAUGGUGCUUGGGCAGCCUGGGGCCCCUGGAGCCCCUGCUCAGGAUCCUGCCUGGGUGGAGCUCAAGAACCUAAGGAAACACGAAGCCGCACUUGUUCUGCACCAGCACCUUCCCACCACCCCCCUGGGAAACCCUGCUCAGGACCAGCCAACGAGUAUCGGGGCUGCACUGGCCUACCACCCUGUCCAGUGGCUGGUGGCUGGGGACCAUGGGGCCCCGUGAGCCCAUGCUCUGUGACCUGUGGCCUAGGCCAGACCCUAGAACGACGGACAUGUGAUCAUCCUGUACCCCGUCAUGGGGGCCUCUUCUGUGCUGGUGAUGCUACUCGGACCCACAUCUGUAACACAGCCGUGCAUUGCCCUGUAAAUGGGGAGUGGGAAACCUGGGGGAAAUGGAGUCACUGCAGCCGUGUGAACAUGAAGUCCAUCAGUUGUGAGGAAAUCCCAGGCCAGCAGUCACGCACAAGGAUCUGUGGAGGCCGCAAGUUUGAUGGAAAGAGAUGUUCCGGGAACUACCAGGAUAUUCGACACUGUUAUGACAUCCAUAAUUGUGUCUUGAAAGGUUCAUGGUCACAGUGGAGUACCUGGAGUCUGUGCACACCACCAUGUGGACCCAAACCCACCCGUGUCCGCCAGCGUCUCUGCACACCUUUGCUCCCCAAGUUCUCGCCUACAGUUUCCAUGGUCGAAGGUCAGGGUGAGAAGAAUGUUACCUUCUGGGGAACCCCACGGCCACUGUGUGAGGAGCUACAAGGGCAGAAGCUGAUGGUGGAAGAGAAACGCUCAUGUCUACAUGUGCCUACCUGCAAAGACCCAGAGGAGGAGAAACCCUAAAAUCUCUUGCUUCCAUUCUAACCCCCUGAUCUUCCAGACUUCAAUAA